AUGACGGGUACGGAGGCAUUCAGAUCAGGUAACCUCAUCACUGGAUCUUGUGUGAUUGCUGGUAGAGGUUUGUGUGUUUUAUAUGAUUCGGGAGCAACACAUUCAUUUGUGUCGGAGUCAGUGGUGGAAGAGUUGGGUCUUCCGGUGAGGGAACUUCAGUAUGACCUAGUAGUGUCCACGCCUGCUUCUGGGAUGGUCAGGACCUCAACUUUGUGUGCUUUUGAUCGAGGGCUGGAUGUAAUCUUGGGAAUGGAUUGGCUAUCUGCUAAUCGCAUUCUCAUUGAUUACAAUGAGAAGAAAGUGUUAUUCCCUAGCUCAGAGGAGAGAGAUGUACUGAUGUCCUCACAACAGGUAGAUCAAGCCAUCAGGGAGGGAUCUCAGUGUUUUCUGAUUUUGACCCAACUAUCCGUUGAGAAUGGGGACGGCCAUCUUGAGACGCCUGUGGUGAGGGAGUUUUCAGAUGUCUUUCCUGAGGAUGUGCCUGGCUUACCCCCUUCUAGGGAAGUAGAGUUCUCCAUUGAUUUGGUGCCUGGAGCAGGACCAGUAUCAAUGGCACCUUACAGAAUGGCUCCUGCUGAGUUGGUAGAGUUAAAACAACAGAUUGAAUAG